GAGGAUUGGCUCCCUCCCCUACACCUCUCCUCCCUUCUUUCUCUCCCAAACCCUCAGACGCACCAGUCCUCUCCAACUCUCCAACACAGCAAGGCGAAAAAAGGAGGAAGAGAUCAGCGAGAAGGAGCCGCAGCAACUUUUCUGUGCGCAAAGGGAAACUUCCAAGGAUGGCAAACGUGGCAGUUUUACGGAGUAAUACGCAAAGGGACUAACUUAAAAAAAAAAAAAGAUUCCUAAGGAAGAUAACAGAGGUACAGGACGCGCUUUUUGCGCGCCGUAGGACACGUAAAAGUUUUUUCUCCCCCCUAUCGGAUAACAAAGUGGGAUUCCUCUGAGCUGGAGCUGAAGCCCACAGAUUUCAUGUCCUGGGAUCUCUGCGCGGGGCAGUGAAGGAUGCCAGGAUGCCCUGCCUGAUGAUCUCCCAUCUGCUCGUCCUCUGGCUGAGCGUGCACAGGCUGGUGUGGUGCGCAGAGCGCGCCUCCGGACGGGAGCGCUUCAAGGUGGUCAUCGCGCCCCUCAUCUGCAAGCGGAUCUGCCUGAAGGGUCAGUGCCAGGAUAGGUGCGAGCAGGGAAACAACACCACGCUGAUCGCAGAGAACGGCCAGGGCGCAGACACGCUGAUCGGACAGGGCUUCAGGGUUGUCGUGUGUCCGCUGACAUGCAUGAAUGGAGGAACAUGCAGUUCCAGGAAUCACUGUCUCUGCCCUCCUGGUUUCACCGGUAGGCUCUGCCAGUUUCCUUUACAGCAAGCUCAGGCAGCUCACGGCAACAGGCAGCCCGUGUACCCUAAAUCUCUAAAGCAAGAUGACCAAAGGCUGGUGGAGCACACGGCCAUGGGGCGCACCCAGAUGACGCAGACACACUCGGUUUUUAAUUUGCCCUUGUCACAAGUGGGGCACCACUCAUCAGAAGUACAGAUUAACGUUCGUGUUCACCAUCCACCAGACACCUCGGUGGUGAUUGAGGCUGUCCCUGACCAAUCAGACUCCAAACCUCCUCACAAAACAUUAACACGGCCCUUCCUAGUGAGACACAAACCAAAGGGGCGCUGCUUUCAGGAGACCACACCCAAAAAGGCUUGCAACAGCACGCCACUUCCUGUCCUGACCAAUCAGGAGGAUUGCUGCGGCAGCGUUGGAAACUCGUGGGGACAGAACAAGUGCUACCAGUGCCCAAAAUUACCAAAUGCACCUGUCAAAAGCAACAUUGUGAAAGAUUACGGCUCUACUUGUCCACAAGGCUAUAAACGAUUUAACAGCACUCACUGUCAAGACAUCAAUGAGUGCACCAUGCAUGGGGCAGUCUGUCAGAACGGAGAUUGUCGUAACACUCUGGGCAGCUUCCAGUGUUUCUGUAAAUCUGGUUUUGUUUUGGACAGGAAUCGAUGUGUUGGUAAAGAGUCAUCAACGGAGCAGGGGCAAUGCUUCCGGAUGGUGAGCGAUGCCAGGGGCUGUGAGCAUCCGCUGCCGAACCAAAUUGCCAAGGAUUUGUGCUGCUGCACAGUGGGCCUGGCAUGGGGCCCCAACUGUGACAGAUGCCCUCAGCAGGGCACAGCUGCCUUCGAUAAGAUUUGCCCUGCUGGAAAAGGAUACAUUUGGUAUACCAGAACAGACACGUUGGCGUUCCCAUCCCUCAUCUUUCCCCCUGAACCACCAGCUGUGACGGAGAAGCCCCCAGAGCCGACCACCAUGCAGCAGUCUACUGUCAGCUCCAUCCAACCACGAGUUCCUGUUGUUAAAUCUACCCCUCCGACAUUCGUCCGAAUCCCCCCAGGAAAUGUCCCCCUCGAAACAGAGCCUAAAGUUACACCGGAGACAGAUGAGUGUGGGCUGAGCAGAAACAUUUGUGGUCAUGGAUGGUGUGAGAACAGUCCAAACGGCCACAUCUGUUACUGUUACCCAGGCUACCGUCUGAACCAGCAGAGGAACAUCUGUGAGGAUGAUAACGAAUGUGACACGGAGCCGUGCGGCCCCGGCAGAGGUCGCUGCGUUAACACAGAGGGAGCGUAUAAGUGCCAGUGUCGCUCAGGCUAUAAACACAUGGUGCAGCAGGGAAGACUGAAAUGCAUAGAUAUAAAUGAAUGCGAUAAAUCAGACAUCUGUGGUGUCGGAGGCCACUGUGCCAACCUGCCUGGCUCCUAUAAAUGCAAAUGUAGCACCGGCUUUAGGAGCAAGUCACAUCGUUAUCCUGCCUGUGAAGACAUUGAUGAGUGUUUGAGUCCAGAUGCUUGUCCUAAUGAGCAGUGUGAAAACACACUGGGCUCUUAUGAGUGUGUGCCAUGUUUGCCCGGCUAUGAGGCCCAUUCUGGCACCUGUUAUGACAUCAAUGAGUGUCAGCAGUCUGGUAUCUGUCCUAACGGGCGCUGUGAGAACCUCCCUGGAACUUACCGAUGUCUGUGCAACGAGGGAUUCAUUCACUCUGUUGACGGCAAAAGCUGCAGUGACAUUGACGAGUGUGCAUACGGUCCACUGUGUGCUAAUGGCCACUGUGUCAACACAGAAGGCUCCUUCCAGUGCCUAUGCUUCUCCGGAUUCCAGCGUACACAAGAGGGCAGCCACUGUGAAGACAUUAAUGAGUGUGAGAGACCGUCAAGUUGUCUGAGGGGCCGAUGUAUCAACAGCAUGGGGUCGUACCGCUGUGAGUGCCAGAAGGGUUAUGAACUGGUCGAUGGCUGGAAAUGCCAAGACAUAGACGAAUGCGCUGCAGCAGACAGGAACCUCUGCCAGCCCUAUGGCUCAUGUGAGAACAGACUGGGCUCAUACGUUUGCGUCUGCAAUCACGGCUACGUCCUCUCAGAGGACAUGCAUAGCUGCGAGGCGGUUCGAAUGCUGACCAAUGAGAAGAAAGAGUGUUACCUGAACCUCGAUGACACAGUGUUCUGUGACAGCGUCCUGGCAAUCAACAUCACCAAGCAGGAGUGCUGCUGCUCCAUCGGAGUGGGAUGGGGAGAUCACUGUGAGAUCCAUCCCUGCCCUGUCUCCCACUCAGCUGAGUUCCACUCCCUCUGUCCACAUGGUCAAGGUUUCUACAGCGAACAAAGAAUCCAGUACAACCUACCUGCCUACCACGAUAUUGAUGAGUGCACAUUGUUUGCUGAGGAAAUCUGCAAAAAGGGCCGUUGUGAAAACACGCUGCGAGGCUAUGAGUGCUACUGUCAACAAGGCUUUUACUAUGACAGCAGCCAUCUUGAGUGCAUUGAUGAAAAUGAAUGUCACGACGAGUCCCUUUGCACUAAUGGUCGGUGUGUCAACACUGAAGGAAGCUUUUUUUGCGUCUGUGACCAGCCCUGGAUCCCAGAUUCCAACAGCAAGAGGUGUGUGAUGCCAACAGUAACAGAUGUCAAUGAAUGUGACAACCCCGAAAACUGUAAGAAUGGUUUUUGUGUGAACACAGUGGGUUCAUACUACUGUCAUUGUACUCCGCCUUGGACACUGGCUGUUGACCGAAACAGUUGUGUGACUCUCGAGGAGCAGGCUGAUGUGAAUGAGUGCCAGGACCCCUCGUACUGUAAGAAUGGGAGGUGUGAGAACACGCCCGGCUCCUUUCACUGUUUUUGUGACCCUCCCCUCACCUUCAGCGCGGCGCUGAAGCAGUGCGUCUAUGACGAUCGUACUGCGGCCCACAGAGACGUGUGUUUCGAGCGGGUGGACGAGGGGCUCAUCUGCAGCCGGCCCGUCGCCUCAGUGACUUACUCAGAGUGCUGUUGUCACUAUGGUCGCGGCUGGGGGCCGGAGUGUAACACCUGCCCUCCCAGGAGUUCAGAAAUGUUCAGCGUUCUCUGUAAGAUGCAUCUUGAGACUGACUCUGAAGGGGAUCAGGACGUUCAGGCAGCUUUCACAAACUACAACCCAGGGGACAGUUCAGAGGAAGAUUCAGACGAAUGCAGCUGUAAAAAUGGCCGGUGUGUCCGCUCCUACCUGUCCACUAUGUGUCAGUGUAACCCAGGGUUCAGGCUAGACCACUCACGUGGCCGUUGUAUAGACAUUGACGAAUGUGCAGAUCCGGGUCUGCGCACCAGCCUCUGCAAGAACGCUCACUGCAAGAACACCCCCGGCUCAUACAGGUGCAUCUGCAAACAUGGCUUUAUGCCCUCACGCCGGCAAAACGUGUGCGUGCGUCGCAGAACUCAGUAAAGAUCCAGAAGACAUGCCGUGGUGCUCCUCUCUGUCCUGGUGUGGCUGUGCUGAACGCCUGAAGAAAAACAGAGCUUCGCUGUGGGAGAUAAAUUCUAUGCAAAUCUGGAAUGUCCAAAACACUCUUUCCCCCACCGGUUCAUUUUUGAAAAAUAUCACAUCACAUUAGGAUGAUCUUUGUUUAUUGUUUUGUAAGUAUUGUUUUCUAAACUGUUUUUUCGUUUGAUAUUAAAGUGUAUAUUUUUGUGUUUUCUGUUUAUUGAUUACCCCACUCCAUCAAAUUGAUCAGUUUUAAUUCAAAUUUGAGCUCCAGUUUUUUUAUUAAAGAAAACAAUCUCAAAGAUCUAUGGUAUUACUGUUAGUUGUUUUUUUGUUUUUUACAUUUCCCUUUAAACCCAAAUCCUGUCAUGUUUAAUAGUAAACAACAUCUGAAGUGUAUUUUUUACAGUAAUUAUUACACAUUGUUUAAAUUGUGUUUUGUACAGUUUGUUCUGUAGAAUGACCCCUUUGCUUCUCUGUUUGUUUGUUGAUGCAAAGUUUAAAAAAGAAAUUGUAGCAGUUUGUUAUUGUUUGACAAGUGCACCAAAGUGGACUUUGUGGAAGAGGUGAGCUUGAUGCACAAUACAGUGGGAAUAUGGUGGGAAAUAAUUGCCUAAUGUAUCUUCUAAUGGGGAAAGCCAGGAAAGCUGUUAUAUUUGCUGAAUAAAACUGUUAGCCAAACAAGCUGUUGGGAGAAGACAAAUUUGAUUAAAAAAAUACCCUGGAAAAUAG